AGAGAGAGAGAGAGAGAGAGAGUGAAGAUGAUGAUGAGAAAAAAGUGAGACAUAGGAAGAUAUGAGAGAGAGAGAGAGAGUAAGAGAGAAAUAGAAGAUGAAAAAUUUUUUUUUCGUUGUUGUUGGCAAUUGAAACUCGCAACAGUUGGAUACAAGGUUUACAACAAUCAACUUGAUUAUUGUGUUGUCAGUGUUUAUAUUGUUCGUUAUUAUUAAUACAAAUUACCUUCAUCUUCAUCAUCAUCAUCAUUUUCAUCAUCAUCAUCUUUGUCAUCAUCAACCCUCUCAUCAUCUCAACAAUUAGUUAAUCAACAUUAUAAUUAACAGUUAACUCUCGACGAGUUUAAAUCUACCUGAGGAUUUGUUUUUGUUUUCACAAUCAUCAAAAGAUCAGAUUAUCAAUCUUAACUAAUAGCUGAUUAGUGAUUAAAUAACAAUUUAGUGAGUGUGUUAAUUAAGUUGAUUAAUAAAUCUACAUCUUUAAUCCAUUUGGAGUUAAUGUUAAACGACUCCAUGCAUCCUGAUUCUUGUGAUACUAAUUUACAGGCUGAAUAUGGCCUAACCCAGGAACAGAUAGCUGAAUUUAAAGAGGCCUUUAAAUUGUUUGAUAAAGAUCUGGAUGGACGGAUAACAUCAACAGAAUUGGGAAUCGUGAUGAGAUCGUUAGGUCAACGGGCAACAGAAGCUGAGCUCAAAAACAUGGUCACUUUAGUUGAUCAAGACGGAAACGGAACCAUUGAAUUCAAUGAAUUUCUUCACAUGAUGUCUCGUAAAAUGAAGGAAACAGAUAAAGAAGAGGAGCUUCGUGAAGCUUUCAGGGUAUUUGAUAGGAAUGGAGAUGGUUUUAUCAAUGCCGCUGAAUUAAGGCAUGUGAUGACCAAUUUAGGAGAGAAACUGACCGAUGAGGAAGUGGAAGAUAUGAUAAAAGAGGCUGAUCUUGAUGGUGAUGGAUUGGUCAAUUACGACGAAUUUGUUACUGUUCUGAUGGCACCUAAAUGAUCAAUUAUUAUUUAUUCAAUUCAAUUAAAUCAAUUGAAGAAACAAUUUUCAUCCAAUCAAAUAUAUAAAACUUUUCAAUUUCAUCGACUCUCAAUUACUUAUUAUUAAGAUGAUUUAAUUAAUUGUUACACAUAAAAGGCAAAUAUAUAUACUUAUAUAUAUGAAUCAAGGAAAUAAUUUAAAUCAUCUUCAUCCUCAUCUUCAUCUUCAUCAUCUUCAUUAAUCAUCAUCCUCACAAUUUGAAACAAUUUAAAGAUUUGAAGUCGAUAUGAAAUAAAAUCAACAUAAAUCAAAUUUCAUUAACAUUCACAUUCAUCAUCAACAUAAUUAACUAAUUGUUAACAAAAAGAAAUUAUUUAAGAAAAUAAAAUAAUUACCUAAAAAAAAAUUACAAACUAAAUCAAUCACUGGACAAAACUUUUAAAUUGUUAAAAUUAAAUUAAAUUGUAAACAAUCAAUGGACACCAAAAGUAAAUGUUAUUUGUUAAGAGAUUGAGAACAAUGAAAAGUUAAUUGUUGUAACGAUUAGUGAUCGAUUUCUUGAUUAACUGAUGUAAAUUAACUGUUUAUUAAUCAUUGACAUCACAAUUUGUGCAAUUUGGUUAACUAGUAAUGAUUAAAAUUAAUUGGUCAAUAAAAAUGGUUAGUUAAUUGUUAAUAUAAUUGUUAAAAAGGUUAAUUAAAAUACUAUUUUUUAGAUUGUCUCAA